AUGCCCCCAUUUAUCCCUGUCAAACGGUCGCUGUCUCCCGAUCCCAAAGACCAGGCCGCACCUCCCUCCAAACGCCGUUCCGGGAGGAAGCAGAAAGCAGAGCCAUGCUCCGACUCGUCUGUGAGCAAUGAACCGAGUGAUCUCGAAUGGGAAGAUGUCGGCCAUAAAAAUGUUUCCAAGAAGGAUAAGCAGGAAGACAAUGACGAUGAUGAGCAUGACGAUGGCGUUGACUGGGAGGAUGCCAUGAAUGACACACCCACAACCAGUGGCCCCGGACAUGACACCCCGCUUCAGGACUUGGAACUGACCCUGGACCCUAUGGCGAAUGUGCCAGAGAUGAGCCUUCUUGAUACUAAGAAAGGCCCAUCCAAGAUCGAGCGGGUAAUUCGGCUGAAUACCCACCGGGCACAUGUACAAUGUCUGCUUUUCCAUAAUGCUAUACGGAAUGCGUGGAUCAAUGAUUCAAAAGUUCACGAUAUCCUACGGAACCAGCUACCAGAGGGUAUCAAGAAGGAGUUGCGGAGAUGGCGAAUCGCUUCCGCUCUAGAACCGCCGCCGCAAGAAGAUACAAAUACAAAAGGGAAGGCUGGGAAGAAAGGAAAGGGCAAGAAACAGAAACAAUCUGGUAGGGAUUGGGGUGAUGAUGCAGAACGUCUGGAACCAGGCCAACCGGAUAUGAGCCGCGGUGAUCCGAUUUUACAAUUAUUACGAGUCCUGGCUGCAUACUGGAAGAAGAAUUUUAAGAUCACGGCACCAGGUCUUCGCAAGAACGGCUACCGCCCUGCAAAACGCAUGGAAAGGGUACUCUCCUCAUUUAAGCAGGAAGAAUACGAUCCAUCAUUGCAUGGGGAGCGGAUCUGCAACAAGCACGAGUUUCGUGUCUUAGCUGAAAAGCGUCAAGGAUCUCGGGAUGUCGGAGCACAGCUUUUUACAGCUCUUUUGAGAGCUUUAAAAAUCGAGGCUCGUUUGGUCUCUAAUUUACAGCCUUUGGGCUUUGGCUGGACCAAGUCUGAAGUUGAUACCUUCGAACCUCUCGAGGAGAAGCCCAAUGGGCCAGAAGAUGUCACUGAAAGUAGCGAGGACAGCGAAAAUGAUAGUGAUGAUAAUUUGAGGCCAGGCAAGGCCUCCUCGAAGCGCACAGAUUAUGAUCGAGAUCUUCCUUUCCCAGUUUACUGGACAGAAGCCGUGUCCCCCAUCACUCAUCAGGUUAUUCCCGUGGACGCCAUAGUUCUGACUAACCAGGUUGCUGCAACGCCUGAGAUGGUCGCCGCCUUCGAACCUCGUGGUGCUCGAGCAGACAAAGCGAAACAGGUUAUCGCGUAUGUCGUAGCGCAUUCAUCCGACGGUACGGCCAAAGACGUGACCACGCGUUAUCUAAAACGACAGACAUGGCCAGGGAAGACCAAAGGAUAUCGUUUGCCAAUAGAAAAGCUUGUUGCGAGGUUAUCCAAGAGAGGCCCUGCUUAUUCAUUUGACUAUGACUGGUUCAGAAUAACUAUGAAAGGGUAUGUACGUUCUGCGAACAAGCGUACCAUAGUCGACGACGUCGAAGAUGCCAAGGACCUCGUUGCCAAUCAGCCAGAAAAGAAGGCUGUUAAAAAGGAAGGAGACACUCUACAGAGCCUGAAAGCAUCCACCGAGUUUGUUCUUGAGCGUUUUCUCCGGCGAGAGGAAGCGCUACGACCUGGUGCGGAAGCUGUGCGCAAGUUCGUCUCUGGAAAAGGAGAAAAGGCUAAAGAAGAGAACGUCUAUCGCCGUGCUGAUGUGUUGAGAUGUCUCUCUGCGGAGAGCUGGCAUAAAGAGGGCCGACGGCCGAAAAUCGGAGAAGCGCCUCUAAAACGCGUCCCUAUUCGCGCUGUGACUCUCAUGAGGAAACGGGAGGUAGACGAAGUGCAACGUGAAACUGGACAAAAGCCACUACAAGGGCUAUAUGCCCUUUACCAGACCGAGUUUAUCAUACCGCCACCGAUUCAGAACGGCGUGAUCCCCAAAAACGAAUAUGGGAAUAUCGAUUGUUUUGUUCCGAGCAUGGUGCCCCGUGGUGCCGUUCAUGUGCCCUAUGGAGGAACAGUACGCAUAUGCAAAAAGCUAGGAAUCGACUUUGCCGAAGCUGUUACUGGCUUUGAGUUUGGUAGUAAAAUGGCCGUACCUGUCAUUGAAGGUGUUGUGGUCGCUGAGGAAAACGUGGAGUUACUGAAAGAUGCUUGGCAAGCUUAUCAACAGGCACGUCGCGAAAAGGAGCGACUGGCGCAGGAAAAACGUAUUUUACAAACAUGGCGCAAGUUCCUAAUGGGAUUGCGCAUUAUGGAGCGCGUUCGUGCUGAGUAUGGUGAUGAUGGAGAUGCGGAAAUGCACAAUCCGUUUCAACGAAGGCACGAGAAUGCACAGCAGAUUGAGAAGUUGAGAAAUGACCAGCAGAAGCAGGAUCGUGAAGAGCCCAUGCAAGAGUAUGACGAAGAGGAUGGUGACUACCAUGACGAGGCCAAUGUUGACCAAGGUGGUGGGUUCUUACUGCCUGGAGAGGAUGACGGUGAAGAUAAUCUCAUCGUUGAUCAUGGUGACGCCCAACCCCGACAAACGCCAAACCACGGACCUCUAGUUGGAGUAGAGGACGAGUCUGAGCUUAGCGAAUUAGAGGGAUCUAUUGUUGAUGUAGACAAAGAGGAGGAGGAGGAGGAUUACAAGCCGCCUCCUCGUAACUCUGGCCGUAGACGUAGACGUGGAGGUUGA